GGGGUCGGGAGGGAAACAGCCUCUGUGGAGGGAGGAGGAGGGGACCACGUGGUCGGGACGCAGGACCCUCGGGGAUGCUGCCCCCUCCCAGACCCCCUCUCCCGUCCCCUCCCCUCCCUCUCCCCUCACUUUGUCCCGGCCCUGCUUUUCCCGCUGCCCCUUCUCGGUCCACCACCGUUCAUGCCUCACCCCUCCUCCCCUUCCCGCGCCCAUCGACCCCGGACCCGGGCCCGCGCGGGGAGGGAGGGGUCGGUGGUCUCAGCCGCUCCCCGCCCCCAGGCUCCCACUCCCUGAGGUAUUUCUACACCACCGUGUCCCGGCCCGGCCGCGGGGAGCCCCGCUUCAUCGCCGUCGGCUACGUGGACGACACGGAGUUCAUGCGGUUCGACAGCGACGCCGCGAAGCCGAGGGCGGAGCCGCGGGCGCCGUGGAUGGAGCAGGAGGGGCCGGAGUAUUGGGACCGGGAGACACAGAGAGUCCAGGGCCACGCACAGGCUUUGCGAGUGGGCCUGCGGAACGUGCGCGGCUACUACAACCAGAGCGACGCCGGGUCUCACACCUUCCAGAAGAUAUAUGGCUGUGAAGUAGGUCCCGACGGGCUCUUCCUCCGCGGGUACGCUCAGUUUGCCUACGACGGCGCCGACUACAUCACCCUGAGCCAGGACCUGAGCUCCUGGACCGCGGCGGACACGACCGCUCAGAUCACGCAGCACAACUGGGAGGCUGGCAAGUUUGCAGAUCAGGUCAAGGCCUACUUGGAGGGUGCGUGUGUGGAGGGGCUCCACAGAUGCCUGGGGAACGGGAAGGAGUCUCUGCAGCGUGCAGAUCCCCCAAAGGCACAUGUGACCAACCACCCCAUCUCUGACCAUGAGGUCAUGCUGAGAUGCUGGGCCCUGGGCUUCUACCCGGCUGAGAUCACACUGACCUGGCAGCGAGAUGGAGAGGACCAGACCCAGGACAUGGAGCUUGUGGAGACUAGGCCUGCAGGCGACGGGACCUUCCAAAAGUGGGUGGCCAUGGUGGUGCCCCCUGGAGAGGAGCAGAGAUAUACGUGUCGUGUGCAGCAUGAGGGGCUGCCUAAGCCCCUCACCUUGAGAUGGGAGCCACCCCCUCAGUCCACCAUCCCCGUCAUGGGAAUAGUUGCUGGCCUGGUGCUCUUUGGAGCACUGGUUGUUGGAGCUGUGGUGGCUGCAGUUGUGAUCUUGAGGAAGAGGAGCUCAGGUGGAGAUGGGGUGGAAAGAGAAGGAGCUCCAUGCAGACUGCAAAUGGCGACAGUGCCCAGGGCUCUAAUAUAUCUCUCAUGGCUUCUAAAGCUUAAGACCACUGCCUUGUGUGGGACUGACUGACUGAUGCAAGAUUUGUUCACACCCGCUUUGUGAUUUAGGACUUCUCUUACUGCAACUGUUGUUUGAAUGUACCUGUGUUCCUGUCAGGAUGUGGUGGGACUAACUCACCCCUGCCCACCUGGACACCCUCCCCACACUGACCUGUGUUCUUUCCCCUGGAUCUGCAUUUCCUGUUCCAGCAGAGACAGGGCCAGAAUGUCUCCAUCCCAGUCAUAACUUCUCUUGCUCUGAGCUGCAAGUUGUCACUUACGUAUUGAAAACAAGAAUCUGGGAAUGAUCUUUUUUUGUCAAAUUUUUGCCAUGAAGUAGGGUUGAUGGGUUAAUUAAGGAGAUGAUGAGACUUAAAAUCUCCUAGAGGAAAUAAAUGGAGACCUGAGAACCAUCCAGAAUCCUUUGUUUGCAUUGCUGAGUCUGUGAUAGGCAGGGAUGGAAGAAGGCUGUGGAGGAGCUGAACACGAAUGGGGCCUGUGUUCAGGACAGCCUGGAUUUUGACAUGGUCACUCCUUGGUCGAGUCAUCUUCACUGCUGCGUUGUUCUUGUCUCCUCAGUAGGACCUGUGAUCACAGGGACUCAGGCAUUGCCCAGGCCCUGUCCUGUCUUCAGAGCUUGGGCGGUGUUAUGGAUUGAGCUAUAUCGCCCAAGACACAUGUUGGAAAUUCCAACCUCUAUGUCUCUUGGUUAUAAUCCCAUUUGGGAAUGGAUUGUCUUUGUUAUGUUAAAGAUUAGUGUAGCUUAUAUUUUGAGUUCAUUGUUUUUCAAACAUAAAAGAGAUUAAAGAAGCAAGGGAGAGAAGUAGAGAUGGCAGAAGAGAGAUGCCAAGCCACCUGAGCUUCACCCAGGAGUAGAAGCUUAAAGAGAGAAGGACCUUCCUCCAGAGCCCACAGACAAAGCCUUCCCUUAGAGCCGGCACCUUGAUUUCAGACUUCUAGCCUUCUAACCUGGGAAAAUAAAUUUCUCUUUGUUAAAGCCAUCCACUUGUGGUUUUUCUGUUAUAGCAAUGCUAGAUAACUAAGACAGGCAGUGAGGGCUUCGUGUGCUGGAUUAGGCCUAGCCUGACCCUCAGACCCCAAGGUUUGUGUUUUUAUUUUUUGUGUCUUUGUUUUUGUGGAGGGUAUGCCUCUUCUUGUUUCGUGCACGACUUCUGGUCUCAUUCUCCUCUGGGUAUCCCCAUCUGACAGCAGCAGAAUUCGUUUUUCCUUUCAGUGUCCCCACAAGGCCCAGGGCAGCCCCUGCACACAGGAGUCUCUGUGGUAUGGAGAAAUGAACUCUCAGACUUGUUUUGGUCUUUUCCUCAUGGGGUUGUUUCCUGGAUUAUUCUUUCUACUUUUCCCCCAAUAUUUUUAAGGAAUAAGUUCUGGAAUUAGAAAGGAGGCAUCCAACAGUUUUCUUGUUUUAGUUAAAUUUCUGUUAUGUUUCCAUCUUCCACUUGCCUACCCUCUCUCCCUGCCCUUAGGUCUAUAAUCCUAGUGCCGACCAGUCCAACCUUGUGGGUUUAUAAAGCAGAAUCUAAUUUAAGUUCACCAUUGUUUGUAAAAUAGCGUCCAUAACCCCUAGGAUCAUUCUUGUCUGGUCUGCAGAGGGAAAUGAGACUGUGUGCUGGAGUGGAGAGGAGGGAAGAGAGGGAGACAGGGAGCAGAGAGCAGCAUAUACAGGAAAGGAGAGUCAACGUUAGUCAGUGUGAGUGGACUUGCUGCAGGUGCCACAAAACAGCAUUUGUCCUGAGGCUACAUUAGGAAGACACCGUCUCUAGGAUAGGAAGGUGCACUACCCCACAGUGAUCAUUCUGCUGAUAGCUGUUGAGUGCCAGAUACACUGUAUUUGCAUCUGGGCAACAUCAGUGAACUAAAAACACAAGAAAUUGGUAGCCUUGUGGAGCAUGUGUUCUAGUGGGGAGAGACACUAUAAGCAUAGUCAAUAAGACAGGUGUUCAUUUUAGAAAGUGGGAAGUGCAAUGGGGAAGCUGAAUGUGGGCGUGAGAGGAGAAGGCAGACGACUUUUGUAACUUAGGUGGUCGGAAUGUAUGUCAUUGAGAAGUGGCCUUUGAGGAAAGACUUGAAGGACAUGAGGGAAUUAUUCAUGAGGAUGUCUGGGGAAGUUCUUCCAGGCACGGGAAUAUCCAGUGCAAAGACACUAGGGCAGGAACGUGCCUGUGUUCUGGAAGCACUGAGGAUAGUAGGGCUGGAAUGGGGAGUAACUGAGAUGACAUCAGAGGUAUGGUCAGAUCAUGUGGGGCCUUCAGGAUCUCAAGGUAUUUUCCCCCUUAGAGUGAGGUGAAGAGUUACAAGACAAUUUUGAGCAGAAGAGAGAUAUGGUAGGUCUCCGUUUAAAAGGAUCACCCUAGCUUCUGUGCUGAGAAUAGAAUCAAGAGGUGGAGGAUGGACAAGGCAGUAGGAAAACACUAGGAUAUCCAGGCAAUUUUCUAGCUAGAGAUGUUGGUGGUUUUGCCUGUGAGCAGUGAAAAUAGUGGAAAGUGAUUGGAUUCUUGAUAUAUUUUGAACUUGAACGUUGCAAGAUUUGCUAAUGGAUUAAAAUUGGGGUAUGAGAGAAAAAGUGGAGUCAAGGAGGACACCAAAUAUUUUAGACUGUGCAAAUAGAAAGAUGGAGCUGCCAUCAGCAGAGGUGGAAAAGAGGAGGGGGUAUCACAAGUAUUCGGUUUAGGAAGUGUUUCAUUUGAGAUGUUUAUUAAAAAUGCAAGUGAGGUUGUCUGACUGGCAGUUGGAUAUAUGAGUGAUAUUUAGGAAAAAUGUCUGGGCUGAAGAAAUGGAUUUGGGAGGUGUUAUGGUUUGAACCGCAUACCCCCCCCCGAAACGUGUGUCAACUUGGCUAGUCCAUGAAUCCCAGUAUUAUGUGAUUUUCUACCAUUUUGUCAUCAGGUAUGGUUUUCCUAUGUGUUGCAAAUCCUGGCUUCUAUGAUGUUAUCGAGGCAGGAUUAGAGGUAGUUAUUCAAUGAGCAGGACUCAGUCUACAAGAUUAGGUCGUGUUUUCAGCCAACCUCUUUUGAAAUGUGAAAGAGAGAAGUGAGCAGAGAGACAUGGGGACCUCAUUCCACCAAGGAACAAGAGUCAGGAGAAUAGCAUGUCCUUUGUAACCAGGGUCCCAGCGCUGAGAAGAUCCUCGAUCAGGCGAGACUCACGACAAGGACUUUCCCCCAGAACUGACACAGACAGAAAGACUCCUGGGAUCUGGCACCCUGAAUUCGGACUUUUAUAGACUGUGAGAGAAUAAAUUUCUGUUUGUUAAAGCCAUCCACAUGCGGUAUUUCUCUUAUAGCAGCACUAGAUGACUAGGACAGAUAUCUAUUAGAAAUGUAAAUGACGUUUUCCAAUUGGCAGUUGGAUAUAUGAGUGAUAUUUAGAAGAAAUAUUUAGUAAAGUGUAUAUAAAUUUAAAAAAAUAUAAAAAAAAAAGCUUGUAAGUGGCCAACUAAGAUACUCCACUGCUCUCACCCCAUCUGGAGCAAGGGAUAAUGAAGAAAAUCAAAGACAGAAGGGAAAGAUUAGCGGAAAUGACUGAUGGACCAAAAGUACUACAGUUUCCACCAGACUGAGUCCAGCACAACUAGAUGGUGCUCAGCUAUCACCACCAACUGCUCUGACAGGGAUCACAAUAGAGGGUCCUAGAUAGAGCUGGAGAAACACGUAGAACAAAAUUCUAACUCUCUCUCUCUCACACACACACACGCGCACACACACACACACACACACACCCAGAAAAAACAAAAACAAAGCAGACUUACUGGUCUGACAGAGACUGAAGAAACCCUGAGAGUAUGGUCCCUGGAUACUCUUUUAGCUCAGUAAUGAAGUCUGAUUCACCCUUCAGCCAAAGAUCAGACAGGCCCAGAAAACAAAAUGAGACUAAAGGGGCACACCAGCCCAGGGGCAAGGGCUACAAGGCAGGAGGGGAAAUGAAAGCUGGUAAUAGGGAACCCAAGUUUGAGAAGGGGAGAAUGUUGACUUGUUGUGGGGUUGGUAACCAAUGUCUCAAAACAAUAUGUGUUCUAAUUGUCUAAUGAGAAGCUAGAUUGUUCUGUAAACCUUCAUCUAAAGUACAAUUAAAAUAAAGAAGUGACUAAGACUGUGAGUCCCAAACUUUACUGUGCACAGGAAUCACCUGGAAAUGUUUUAAGGUUCUGAUGGUCUGGAGAUGAGCAUGAAAUUCUACAUUUAUAACACGAUCUCUGUUGGCGCUGUUGCUGCUGGUCUUCGGAUCACAUUUUUUGUAGCAAGAGCAUAGGCCAGGAUUCCCACAUGGCUAUGCAUUAGUCUCAGCUGUAGGGCUUGUUAAAUAAGUGAUUCCUGGACCGUGGGACCAACAUUCUGAGGCUGUGUUUCCAGGGAGAGGACUAUUUUGUAAUAAGCCCUGCAAGCACUUCUGCUGCUCGGCCAGAAUUGAAGCCACUGAUGUCAGUGAUUAGAGUAGUGAUCAUGGUGGUGAGGGGUCUUCAAACAACAUUUAAAAGUUGUUUUUUAGAUGAAUGUAGUCCCUGUCAAGAUUACAACAGCCUUCUUUGCAGAAAUGGAAGAGUCAAUCCUCCAAUAUCUAUGGAAGGGCAAGGGACCUCAAAUAUCUAAAGCAAUCUUGAAGAAGAAGAAUCAAGUAGGAAAACUCACACUUUCUGAUUUCAAAACGUACUAUAAAGCUACAGUAAUCAAAAUAACCUGGUACUGGUGUAAUAGCAGAUAUAUAGACCAAUGGAAUAGAAUUGAGUGAGCAGAGAUAAAUCCAUACAUCUAUGGUCGUAUGAUUUUUGUGAAGGGUGCUAAAUCCAUUCAUGGAGAAAGAAGAGUCUCUUCAAUAAACAGAGCUGGGAAAAUUGGAUAACCACAUACAGAAGAACGAAUCAGGCUCUAUGCCUAACACCAUACAUAAAAUCCAAUUCAAAAUGGAUUAAAGACUUAAGUGUGAAAAUGAAAACCAUAAAAUUUGUAGAAGACAGGUACACCUAUGUUCAUUGCAGCACUAUUCACAAUAGCAAAAAAAUGGAAACAACCUGAGUGCCCAUCAAUGGAUGAAUGGAUAAAGAAAUUGUAAUACAUACAUACAGUGGAAUACUAUCCAGCCAUGAAGAAUAAUGAUGAGUACUCAAAACAUAAUGUGGAGAAGUCCGGAGGAUAUUGUGCUGAGUGAAAUAA